AUGAAUGCUCACUGUGGUAUUUGGAAUGUAUGUAUCUUCUGAACCCUACAUCAAGUUGAAAAGCUAUAUGUCUUUGGCUUUCAAGAUCCUCUUUCCACAAACCCUCUGUGCACUCAGCCGAAAAGAACUGUGCCUAUUCCGAAAACAUCACUGGCCUGAUGUAAGACAAUUCAGCCAGUGGUCAGAAACAGAUCUGCUUCAUGGACAUCCUCUCUUCCUGAGAAGAAAGCCUGUUGUAUCAUUCCAGGGAAGCCAUCUAAGAUCACGUGCCACCUGCCUUGUUUUCUUGCCAGGGUUGCAUGUGGGACGCUGCAGUGGCCCCUGUGAGAUGGCUGAGCAACGGUUCUGUGUGGACUAUGCCAAGCGUGGCACAGCUGGCUGCAAAAAAUGCAAGGAAAAGAUUGUGAAGGGUGUAUGCCGAAUUGGCAAAGUGGUGCCCAAUCCCUUCUCAGAGGCUGGGGGUGAUAUGAAAGAGUGGUACCACAUUAAAUGCAUGUUUGAGAAACUAGAGCGGGCCCGGGCCUCCACAAAAAAAAUCGAGGACCUCACAGAGCUGGAAGGCUGGGAAGAGCUGGAAGAUAAUGAGAAGGAACAGAUAACCCAGCACAUUGCAGAUCUGUCUUCUAAGGCAGCAGGUACACCAAAGAAGAAAGCUAUUGUCCAGGCUAAGUUGACAACCACUGGCCAGGUGACUUCUCCAGUGAAAGGCACCUCAUUUGUCACCAGUACCAAUCCCCGGAAAUUUUCUGGCUUUUCAGCCAAGCCCAACAACUCUGCCCCCUUGAGCCCCACCCCUAAGAGAAGUCUGUCUUCAAGCAAAUGUGACCCCAGGCAUAAGGACUGUCUGCUACGGGAGUUUCGAAAGUUAUGCGCCAUGGUGGCCGAUAAUCCUAGCUACAACACGAAGACCCAGAUCAUCCAGGACUUCCUGCGGAAAGGCUCAGCAGGAGAUGGUUUCCACGGUGAUGUGUACCUAACAGUGAAGCUGCUGCUGCCAGGAGUCAUUAAGACUAUUUACAACUUGAAUGAUAAGCAGAUUGUGAAGCUUUUCAGUCGCAUUUUUAACUGCAACCCAGAUGAUAUGGCACGGGACCUAGAGCAGGGUGACGUGUCAGAGACAAUCAGAGUCUUCUUUGAGCAGAGCAAGUCUUUCCCCCCAGCUGCCAAGAGCCUCCUUACCAUCCAGGAAGUGGAUGAGUUCCUUCUGCGGCUGUCCAAGCUCACCAAGGAGGAUGAGCAGCAACAGGCCCUACAGGACAUUGCCUCCAGGUGUACAGCCAAUGACCUUAAAUGCAUCAUCAGGUUGAUCAAACAUGAUCUGAAGAUGAACUCAGGUGCAAAACAUGUGUUAGACGCCCUUGACCCCAAUGCCUAUGAAGCCUUCAAAGCCUCGCGCAACCUGCAGGAUGUGGUGGAGCGAGUCCUUCACAAUGCGCAGGAGGUGGAGAAGGAGCCGGGCCAGAGACGAGCUCUGAGCGUCCAGGCCUCACUGAUGACACCUGUGCAGCCCAUGCUGGCGGAGGCCUGCAAGUCCAUUGAGUAUGCGAUGAAGAAAUGUCCCAAUGGCAUGUUCUCUGAGAUCAAGUACGAUGGAGAGCGAGUCCAGGUGCAUAAGAAUGGAGACCACUUCAGCUACUUCAGCCGCAGUCUUAAGCCCGUCCUGCCUCACAAGGUGGCCCACUUUAAGGACUACAUUCCCCAGGCUUUUCCUGGGGGCCACAGCAUGAUCUUGGAUUCUGAAGUGCUUCUGAUUGACAACAAGACAGGCAAACCACUGCCCUUUGGGACUCUGGGAGUGCACAAGAAAGCAGCCUUCCAGGAUGCUAAUGUCUGCCUGUUUGUUUUUGAUUGUAUCUACUUUAAUGAUGUCAGCUUGAUGGACAGGCCUCUGUGUGAGCGGCGGAAGUUUCUUCAUGACAACAUGGUUGAAAUUCCAAACCGGAUAAUGUUCUCAGAAAUGAAGCGAGUCACAAAAGCUUCGGACUUGGCUGACAUGAUAACCCGGGUGAUCCGGGAGGGAUUGGAGGGGCUGGUGCUGAAGGAUGUGAAGGGUACAUAUGAGCCUGGGAAGCGGCACUGGCUGAAAGUGAAGAAAGACUAUUUGAACGAGGGGGCCAUGGCCGACACAGCUGACCUGGUGGUCCUUGGGGCCUUCUAUGGGCAAGGGAGCAAAGGCGGCAUGAUGUCAAUCUUCCUCAUGGGCUGCUACGACCCUGACAGCCAGAAGUGGUGCACAGUCACCAAGUGUGCAGGAGGCCAUGAUGAUGCCACGCUUACCCGCCUGCAGAAGGAACUAGACAUGGUGAAGAUCAGCAAGGACCCCAGCAAAAUACCCAGCUGGCUGAAGGUCAACAAGAUCUACUAUCCUGACUUCAUCGUCCCAGACCCAAAGAAAGCUGCCGUGUGGGAGAUCACAGGGGCUGAAUUCUCCAAAUCAGAGGCUCACACAGCUGACGGGAUCUCCAUCCGAUUCCCUCGCUGCACCCGAAUCCGAGAUGAUAAGGACUGGAAAUCUGCCACUAACCUUCCCCAACUCAAGGAAUUGUACCAGUUGUCCAAGGAGAAGGCAGACUUCACUGUAGUGGCUGGAGAUGAGGGGAGCUCCACUACAGGGGGUAGCAGUGAAGAGAAUAAGGGUCCCUCAGGGUCUGCUGUGUCCCGCAAGGCCCCCAGCAAGCCCUCAGCCAGUACCAAGAAAGCAGAAGGGGAGCUGAGUAACUCCAACAGCAAAGACGGCAACAUGCUGACUGCAAAGCCUUCUGCUAUGAAGGCGGGAGAGAAGCUGGCCAUGAAGUCUUCUCCAGUGAAAGUAGGGGAGAAGCGGAAAGCUGCUGAUGAGACCCUGUGCCAAACAAAGAGGUGGCCAGCCAGUGAGCAGAGAGGAAGAACUGUGCCAGCAGGCAGGAGAUAGAACAGCCCGGCCUAGCCAGGAGAGACUGCAGGGACUCACUCAGCUGCUGGCCCCAAGUCAACAUUUACAUUAAAGGGGAAGGCCCAGUCUGGGUGUGGGAAUGCAGCAUUGUGAGUUUGUGGUCAGGGUGGAAGCAGGUCCAGCAAGCACUGAGUGGGGGAGAGGGCACUGGCUUGUUGACUCUCCUCCCAGGAGAGGAGCCUUUUCCCUUUUACACUUACUUGUCAGUCUUGGGUUUGGCAACAUCUCCUGAGCAAUUUUUUUUUUUUUUUUUUUUUUUGAGAUAAGUCUCGCUCUGUCGCCCAGGCUGGAGUGAAGUGGUGCAAUCUUAGCUCACUGCAACCUCCGCCUCCCGGGUUCGAGCGCUUCUCCGGCUUCAGCCUCCCGAGUAGCUGGGAGUAUAGGCAUGUGCCACCAUGCCCGGCUAAUUUUUGUAUUUUUAGUAGAGACAGGAUUUCACCAUGUUGGUCAGGCUGGUCUCAAAGUCCUGACCUCAAGUGAUUUGCCUGCCUUGGCCUCCCAAAGUGCUGGGAUUACAGGCCUGAGCCACCGCACCCGGCCUCUUUUGAGCAGUUUCUGAUGCCAAGAACUAGGUUUAGUACUGGCUGAACUCUGGGGGAGCUGAUGGCUCAAAGGACAGAUAGAGAAGUAAACAUAUGAUUUACACCCAUGUCAUUGUGCCCCCCACGCUCCCCACCGCCAUCCAGGAGUUAAGCAUAGAAGUCUGACAGCUGAAGGCCUGAACUCGGUCCCCAACAGACCUGUAGAAACCUUUCCCCUCUCUCUUCCCAGCCUGAAGUCCUUGAACCCAUUGAGAGUAGUAAGCAGGACUCCUGACCCCUCAGUCUAGCAGGUUGUAGAGUAGACUGCUUGGUCUCAGGGCACAUCACUGAGUCUGGGGGCACUGAGUCAGAGCCAGCUCCGCCUGCCCACCAUGACUGGGUGGCUCUUAUACACGUGUACUCUUCCCAUCUCCAGGUCCCAGAUGUCGAGGCCUGUCCACUCUCCUUUUCCCCUAGGCAGGGGUGGAGGGGCGUGUCACUCCUGUAUAAUUUGGAGUGACUGGAGGGGUGGGGGUAUUGAUGCAUGGUAUCCCAGUAAACUCCUCUGCUUGUGUCCUAACUCUAGGCUCCCUCAUUCUGUCCCAUGCUCAUCUGGGUGAAGACCCAUCUGUACCCAGUGUAGGUCUGACCCCACCCUGACCCCUCUGCAUUUGCAGGUACUGCUGGACAUCUUCACUGGGGUGCGGCUUUACUUGCCACCCUCCACACCAGACUUCAGCCGUCUCAGACGCUACUUUGUGGCAUUCAACGGGGACCUGGUACAGGAAUUUGAUAUGACCUCAGCCACGCACGUGCUGGGUAGCAGGGACAAGAACCCUGCGGCCCAGCAGGUCUCCCCAGAGUGGAUUUGGGCAUGUAUCCGGAAACGGAGACUCGUAGCUCCCUGCUAGAUUUGCUGUCUUCCCUCUCCCUCAGGCCAUACUCUCCUUUACCAUACUACCGGACUGGACUCAGGCUGGAGGCAGAUAGACACAGUACAGGGCGGAUGGGCUUGCUUCUCCCAAACCCACCAGUUCUCCUCGGUCUUCUGGACCAGGAAUUAGUUGCUGUGGGUGCCACAACUGAAGUCAGUUUCUCUUGCUGGUUUAAAUAGAUCUUUCAGAGCUGGGUGCUGGGUUUGCCGUCUUUUUGUUUUCUUUGAAAAGCAGCUUAGUUACCUUUCUUAUAAAUAAAAAUAUCUUGCAGUUAUCUUUGUCCUUUCCCCACCUGCACCCCCAAUAAUUUCCCUAGAGAUUAAGGAGUAAAGGCUGGGCUAUGGCAGCUCUGUCCACAAAGCCUUCUCUCCCAUCCUUGCCUGUUCCUUUGUGCUUCCAGGCUCAUUUUAAAGUUGUAUUUAAAGGACUGCCCUCAGAAAUGCUUCUAUUUAGCAGAACUUGUAUUCAGCCUGACACCCUUUGCCAGGAACAAACCCUCAUGUGAAAGAAAACAAAAUGAACUUUUUUGACUUUC